UGGAAGCGUAGGACGUAUAGUGUAAGGAGCUGCAAUAAAUAUUGUUUUAAAUUGGUCUAAAUUACCAUUUUUGGACUUUGAAUUCUACUACCACUGUUGGAUUACACCAUGUUUGGAUUUAAGCGGCUGAGAUCGGCUAAUUCGGAGGAUAACACUGAAAUAGACAUAUCUCUCGACGAAGCCCCUCCCAACAUACAAGGAAAAGCUGAGACUCGUUCAGAGGUACGUUCAGAUAACAUUGAAUCGAUGCUACAUGAUAUUCUAAACAAAGUCUCUGUGCUUGAAAAUGUGAGCAAGAAAGUCGAUAUGAUAAAUGACAAAAUCACUAAUAUUGAAUUGAAGCUGCAAUCCUUAGAUACAAGGGUUUCUGAUUUAGAGAACGGUACCGGAUUUCUAGAGUCUGAAGUUGAAGAAAUUAAGAUAGAAAUUGAUAGAAUCAACACAAUUAAAGCAGAUUACGGCUAUGUAAAUGAGAUGAGAAAAAGCGUUGUUGAUUUGGUGAAUAGAAGUAAACAAAACAAUGUAAUCCUUCAUGGCAUACCAGAGGGUGAGGAGAAUUCCACGUCACAGGACUGUGCAAAAUACGCCCGUCAUUUUUUUGCAUCUCAUUUGCAUAUGGAAAAUGUCGAAGUAGAACGCGCCCACCGUACACCACGCAUAUCCCGUCCUCAGUCAAGCGACCAGCGCAAUCCUCGACCAAGGCCCAUUCAUGUUAAACUACUACGCUUCACUGAUCGCGAGGCAAUCUUGAAGAAGAGCCCAGCGCUUAAAGAUGUUCGUAUUCAUGGCGCAAGAAUCGGAAUAAGCGACGAUGUUCAUCCAGACACGAGGAAGGAUCACCAACGACUGAUGGCAAAGGUCAAAGAACUACGGAAUGGAAAUAAGUUCGCGUUCUUCCCUAACUCGGUCCCGAGAGUAAUAAAAUACAAAGAAGGACCUAAAGAUGCACCCGGACCACUCAAAACAAUCCGACUCUCAGAUCUCAAGAACGCCAAAGAUGAUGAAGUAUUCUAACUGGCUAAAUUAACAAAAUAUUGAGACCUUGGAGACAAAUCUGACAGCAUUAAGUUUACUUCAUAAAUGUUAUUAUACAUUUUAACCAAAAAUGAUAUGAUCCGGCGGACGUAAACUAAUUUUUGUCUCACCUGCAUAGCAGAGUGAGACUAUAGGCGCCGCUUUUCCGACGGCGACGGCGGCGGCGGCGGCGGCGGCGGCGACGGCGGCGUCAACACCAAAUCUUAACCUGAGGUUAAGUUUUUGAAAUGACAGCAUAACUUAGAAAGUAUAUGGACCUAGUUCAUGAAACUUGGCCAUAAGGUUAAUCAAGUAUUACUGAACAUCCUGCCUGAGUUUCAUGUCACAUGACCAAGGUCAAAGGUCAUUUAGGGUCAAUGAACUUAGACCAUGUUGGGGGAAUCAACAUCAAAAUCUUAACCUAAGGUUAAGUUUUUGAAAUGUCAUCAUAACUUAGAAAAUAUAUGGACCUAGUUCAUGAAACUUAUACAUAAGGUUAAUCAAGUAUCACUGAACAUCCUGCAUGAGUUUCACGUCACAUGACCAAGGUCAAAGGUCAUUUAGGGUCAAUGAACUUUGGCCGAAUUGGGGGUAUCUGUUGAAUUACCAUCAUAACUUUGAAAGUUUAUGGAUCUGAUUCAUGAAACUUGGACAUAAUAGUAAUCAAGUAUUACUGAACAUCCUGUGCAAGUUUCAGGUCACAUGAUCAAGGUCAAAGGUCAUUUAGGGUCAAUGAACUUUGGCCAAAUUGGGGUAUUUGUUGAAUUACAGCCAUAAAUUUGAAAGUGUGUUGGUCUAGUUCAUAAAACUUGGACAUAAGAGUAAUCAAGUAUCACUGAACAUCCUGUGCGAGUUUCAGGUCACAUGAUCAAGGUCAAAGGUCAUGUAAGGUCAAAGAACUUUGGCCACGUUGGGGGUAUUUGUUGAAUUGCCAUCAUAUCUCUAUAAGUGUAUUGGUCUAGUUCAUAAAACGUGGAAAUACGAGUAACCAAGUAUCACUGAACAUCUUGUGCGAGUUAUAGUAGUUUUCAAAAUCAGCACUGCUGCUAUAUUGAAUCGCGUGAUGCAGGUGAGACGGCCAGAGGCAUUCCACUUGUUUUCUUUUUGUUUACAAAUA